AUGGCGGUUCCGACGCGCGAGGAAUACAUGUCCAGGCUAGGCCAGGAGACUUGUGACAUCUGCUACGAACCGAUGGAGACGCCCACGCGCACUACCUGUCGACACUAUUACUGUCUCGAGUGUUUGACGACGUGGCUCGAAACGAACAACACAUGCCCUUCAUGCCGCACCAAGCUGUUCGACGACCCCGAUAUCGAUGAAAGCGACGAUUCAAGUGACGAGGAGGAUUCAAGCGACGAGGAAGAUUCGGAAGAUGAAGAGGAGGAGGAAGGAAUGGACAUCGAGACAGGCAACGGCCAGGCUGCACCUGCCGACGAGGAUUACUACAACGCAUUUCGCGCUAGAGCUGCUGCUGAACACCACGGUCCCCCUUUCAUGGGCGUGGAGGAUGCAGUCCGCCCCGACAGGCAAGCAGUACAAGAAGAGCUCCGCAGAAUAACUCGCACUGCCGUGUCACAUGAACCCGCCCAGCGACAACAAGAGGAGCUCGCGAGCCGGGAUAUCGAGACUGUGCGCAAUGGAUACAACUUGAUCCCGCCGCUGCGUCUGAACCCCAUCUCUGUCACUCGCUUGCUCUUGGCAUUGGUAUCGAAGCAUCAGCCGUUACCGCAAUGGUUUCCUGAGAUACCUGAUUGGGAAGUGGUAUACGUGUUCGAGUGGCUUGGUAGCGUUUCUCGCUGGUGGUUCGUUCGUAUAGAGUACAACGAUCCCCCGAGCUUUGCUACUAUGAGCACCUACAGACGAGUGUUGAAGGGAAUCGAUAAUCGGAACGAUCACCAGGAAUGGGUGGAGAGAGUGUCUGCUUUCUUCUUCUCUGUGAAUCGCAACGAUCUAUCCGAAGUAGUGGAAGAGUUGAGAGUCGAGCAAGGGCAUGCUUCGCUUCCCCCGCGACAGCAUGUGAGCUUCGGGCUACAAGUUUGA